AUGAACCAAAUUAUUUACUAUGGAUCUAUUGAGAACAUGCCGCUGUAUAAUUGCAGCGCUCAUUCUUCUGAGGAAUGGUCUCGACUUUAUGGAGAACGUCAUCCGUAUCUAGGACACUUUGAUAUCGUUUUUGGAACUGUCGUAAAUAUUCUUUAUAUCCCAAUUAUAUCCGUGAUGUUCCAAAAGGAGUUUUAUAAAAUGUCAUGUUUCAAAAUAAUGAUAUGUUUGGGGAUCAAUGAUAUGCUGGCUCUAUGCGUCAAUUCUAUUAUCACUGUUGGAUCAAUCAUCCUAGGAUUGUGGUGCUGCUCAUGUAUCAUUGUGAUGGGACUAGUUGCUAAUAGGCUUCUGGAGAUGGGAAAAUCUUCAAGGGCACAGGCACUCUUCCAAGGAAAUCGCACCUAUAUCUUUAUGCUCAUCCCUGUGAUGUAUGGAUUGUAUUUUAUGAUUUUUACAAACCCAGUGGGGUUUAAUUCAAAGUAUUACACCUGGCUUUUCGAUCCCAUGAUCAACGAAAAUCAUUCUGAACAGCACCGCAACAUUCCUCAUAGCAUCAAUAAUGUUUUAAUUGUUGCCAUAACUUGUAUCUUGUAUGUUUGGCUCUAUUUCUUGAUUAAGAAUCAGAUGAGUAUGAUCAGUUGGAAAAGUUUCAUUUAUGAAAGGUCACUAGCUUUUUGA